GCUCACUAUUGAAAUAUAUAUACUCCAUACACUCAUAUAGAGUAAAUAAUUGUGCCGAUUCAUUGAAGAUUUAAUGGAGGGAGUUGAGGAGAUUUUGAAACUCUUUGAUUCUUGCUGGUUUGAGAAAGAGAUUCUUAUUGUCAAUGAAACCAACAAGCCACUUAUAAAUGAUCUCAAGUCAAAGGAGAAGAUGGGUUCUCUAAAGAUUCGAUCGCAGAGCGAUAAUCUGCUGGCAUUCAGGACAAACGUAAGCCCGGAGUCGCGUUGCAGGAAAAGGGUUCGGGGCGAAGGGAGGAAGAAGAAGAAGAAGGUGAGGGCGGCGGCAGGGGCGGGGGAGAAGCUGAGGGGUGCUAAGAGCUUAUCAGAGCUUGAACUGGAGGAGUUAAAAGGGUUUAUGGACCUGGGUUUUGUGUUCACUGAUGAAGACAGGAAAUCUGGGCUGGCUUCCAUUGUUCCUGGACUGCAGAGAUGGGGGAGCAGGGGAGGAGAUGAAGAAGAUGAUGAUGAUGAUGGAGGAAGAGGAGAAGAGAGUAAUGGUAAUGAGGCAAUAAUUGAAAGGCCUUAUCUUUCUGAGGCAUGGAGAAGUAUGGAUCAGAGGAAGAUGAUAAAGAAGCUUCUGAAAUGGAGGAUUCCGCCAGGUCCCAGAGAUGAUGAUGAUGAUGAUGAUGAUGAUGAGUCGGCCAUGAAAGACAACCUCAGAUUCUGGGCACAAACUGUUGCAUCAGCCCUCAGAUAGUUACAUCAUUAUUCUGUCCCAUAUGAAUUGAAGAAUCUGACACAUAAUAAAGAAUUGUGUGCUUUUCAAAUGUAUAUAAAUCUUUCGGAGUUACAGCAAUGGUGUACAUUGAUUAGAAGCUAAUGAGCCGAAAAAUCACGAGUACAAAAAAUGGAGAGCAUCAAUAAAAAGAACAUAGGAGCAACUUAAUACUCCCUCAUUGAAUACAGAAAAGUGAAAUUUGCAAAAAAUAAGACUAAGACAUUCUG